AUGUUAUUUUUGGAUGCAUUCUUGAAGGGUUUGAAACCACAAUUUGAUGAUGACUCAAUCGAUCGUCUUAAUUACUACUAUACACCUUUACUACUUGUCAUUUUUGCAUUAACACUUAGUGCUAAACAGUAUGUUGGACAACCAAUUCAGUGUUGGAUUCCGGCCCAGUUUACCGGUGCAUGGGAACAAUACAGUGAAAAUUACUGCUUUAUACAAAAUACUUAUUUUUUACCAUUGAAUCAUUAUAUUCCACGUGAUUUACAGGAACGUGAAGAACGUGAAAUUGGUUACUACCAAUGGGUACCAUUCAUAUUAGGUUUACAGGGCAUUUUAUUUUAUCUGCCAUGUCUAAUCUGGCGAUUACUUAAUUGGCAAUCAGGAAUAGCCCUAAAAGGUAUUGUAUUAAUGUCUCAGGAUGUAAGCAAUAUGCAAUCUGAUAAACGUAAAGAUUCAGUGGCUAUCGUAGCUACGCAUAUUUACGAUUCAUUAAAAACACAAAGGAAUUUGAUACGUCAUAGUCCAAUAUCGUUACUUUUGCGUAAGGGAUUUUAUCUAACAUUACUGUAUAUGUUGGUAAAGUUUAUUUAUCUUCUGCAAGCUAUUACGCAGUUUGUCUUAUUAAAUAGCUUUCUUGGUACCGAUUACACAUUUUGGGGCUUCGAGAUCCUUCGUGAUUUAGCAAAUGGCCGUGAAUGGCAAGAAUCAGGACAUUUCCCGAGAGUAACAAUGUGUGAUUUCGAUGUUCGAGUAUUGGGCAACAAGCACAGGCAUACUGUUCAAUGUGUCUUAAUGAUUAAUAUGUUUAAUGAAAAAGUGUAUUUGUUUCUGUGGUGGUGGAUACUGUUAGUGAUCGUAGCAACAAUUGCUUCAUUAAUAUAUUGGUACUGUAUGUCUUUUCUUGAAACACAACAGUACUCGUUCAUUGCUCAGUACUUACGUGUUUAUGGACUUUUGGACGGACAAGCGCAUAAUGUUUUGGAACAUUUCAUUAAUCGAUGCUUACGAAAAGAUGGCAUUUUCAUCUUACGAAUUAUAGCUGCAAAUGCAGGUGAUUUAAUUACAACAGAUAUUGUCGCAGCAUUAUGGAAGAAUUAUCUUGAUGAUGAAAAGAAACGUGCGGUAUUGUCACCAUCACCACCACCGCCACCAGCUUUAACUCAUCCUAUGGCAUCUAAAUUGGAUGAGAUUGAUGCUGCUGAUAGCUUUCAUGAAGAAUUUUUACACUAA